AUGAGCGGUCCCAGGAGACGGACCAGGAGCGGGGUUCUCUCCGCGCCGCCGCAGGUAGUCGCCGUUGAGUUCGACUCGUCACGCCCGGACAGCCGUAGGCCGGUCGUGAGCUACCGUGUACUUGGCCAAGAUGAAGGUCUUGUGCCCCAGAACAGCUGGAACCGAGUCAAGAGAUUCCAGCCGAGUAUGUCGGCCUUCGUCAGGCGUACUUUUCUCCCCACCGGGUACCCGUCCUCCGUGCGGAAGGAGUACAUGGAGUACCAGACCUGGGACACCGUUCAGGCUCUCUGCAGCUACCUCCGCGGCGUGCUGUGUCUGACCGCCAUGCUUCACGCCUCAGGUGUCGGAGAUGAGAACGCUUCCGCCAUCGCUGCGGCGAUGGUUUGGGUCCUGAGGGACGGUUUCGGGAUGAUCGGGAGCCUGCUUUUCUCGUACGCGGCGUCUUCCCACAUGGACAGCAACAUCAAGGAGUGGCGGCUGUUCGCCGACAUCGCCAACGACGUCGGCCUCACGCUGGACCUCGUGGCGCCUGUGUUCAGGGGCAACUUCGCCGUGGUGUCGUCGCUGGCUACCGUUUUUAAGGCGUUGUGUGGGGUCGCGGCAGGUUGCACAAAGACGUCGAUCACCAGUCACUUCGCCCUGAAACAGAACAUGGCCGACAUUUCUGCGAAAGAAAACGCGCAGGAGACGGCCGUGAACGUGUGCGGAAUGCUGCUGGGAGUAAAAGUGGCGUCCUAUCUGAGCGAUGCCCCCACCGGGAGGGUCUUAAUCUUCGUCUUCUUCUCGCUGCUCCACGUCUACGCCAACUACCGGUACAUGCCGUCAAUCCACCUCCUUCCGCUCGGUUUUAGUUAG